AUGAAGGUUCUCGCUGCAUACUUGCUCCUCGUCCAGGGUGGAAACACUUCCCCCAAGGCUGCCGACAUCACAGCUCUCCUCGAGACUGUGGGCAUUGAGGCCGACGACUCUCGCAUCUCUGCCCUCCUUGCUGAGGUUGAGGGCAAGGACAUCAACGAGCUCAUCACUGAAGGUACCAGCAAGCUCGGCUCUGUGCCAUCCGGUGGUGCUUCGUCUGGCUCUGCCCCUGCAGCUUCUGCUGGUGGUGCCGCUGCCGCUGAGGCUCCUGCAGAGGAGAAGGCUGAAGAGAAGGAGGAGUCUGACGACGACAUGGGUUUCGGUCUCUUCGACUAA